AUGUUCUGUCAGUCGACAAACAAAUGCAUUCCCUUCCCCUUAUCUCGUCUGGGGAUGGUUUCCUGGUCUGACUGUCCCCCUAAUCUUUCCAACCUCUACUGGUACUCAUGUAAACUCUCCUAUGCCUACAUUCUGGCCCCAAUAAUUGCCAUCUUCGUUUUCUUUGGCUUUCUCAUUCUCCUGUGCUGCUGUUCAAUCUGCCUUAUGCAUCGAAGGCCGAAAUUACGCAGUCGCAUCAUUUUCAGGGCUUCUGGAAAUCCGAUUCUGUGA